AUGCCGAAGGGCACAUCUAAAGAGCCGGAACAGCUACCUUCUGCAAGCAAAACAGAGGACACCUUCAAUCGUUUCUAUUCUACCUUCGAAACAAUCUUUUCGAAGCUGUCCGCUCCCCUCGCUUUCGCCGGCCUACCACUCAAUCCUGAGUCUGACGCUGUAGGCACACUGGAUUCUAUCUCGCAGCAGUCAACCCAGUCUAAAGCCACAUCUACCCGUCCAAAACCUCACACACGUGCUACUGCUUCGCCCGAAUACUCACGUCUGUUCUCUCCUGCAGCCUUACGUGCACUUCGCGAGGAUGCCGGAACUGCUGGCCUCAAUACAACCGAGUCUUUCUAUGUCGUUCCCACAACUGGCGGUGCUCUCCCCUAUGCCAGUAUCCUAGCUCGACAAACGGCCUCAAGGCACCAAAAACAACACAGUAGGGCCACCACCGCGGGCGGCGUUGAUGCAGAUCUGUCAGACGAGUUUGUUGACGCUCGCGAAACGCCUGGGAACUCUCCAGAAAUCAGCCUGAAGCAGAAGAGGGUUCGCGGUAGUGGAACUGGAGUCAAGACUGCGAGUGGUAAAACGUUAGAGGAAUUGGAGCUUGAGAAUACUGGGUUGAGAAGCAUCUGCGACGAACUAAGCCGAAGGCUGUGGCAGUUUGAAGUCAGUAGCCAGAUGAGCCACGGGGCGCUGCAUCAAAGUCUCAGGGCUGGGAUCAAUGUGAGUCCUGCGGCGAGUAAUACUGGUGAUAGGGGAAUGGGAGUCGCUAGAGGAACCGUUGGAGGAGUUGCUGGGGAAGCUACUGGAGGCCGCGUAGACACCAUAUAUACGGAGGCGAGGCUCCAAAAGGCGGAGAAUGAGAUGGAGGACUUGCGUUUAGAAAACGAGAAGUUGAGAAGGUAUCGAGAAAAGUGGGAGCGCUUGACCGUGAAAGCAAAGGCAAGACAGAGACGUGAAAGCAGUAUGGCUGUUGAUAAGGUGGAAAUGGAGGAUGGGGACUGA